UGUGAGUCCCAUCUCUUCCUUUCUGUAAUAUCUCUGGUGCGCUGACUUUUUGCAGGGUUGAUGUACUGUAGCUAGCUAUCACAUUUAGCCACCUAAACGGAGGGAGACAGAAGCGAAGUAGCUCAUCUUAACCGACUGGUUGUGGGUGGGUGAUUUCCACAAGAUGUCGUUCCCUCCUCAUCUCAACCGAACCCUUCUGCCACCAGGCAUCCCCCCUCCACAGUUUGCUGGUUUUCCUUCAGGUACCCCAAUGAUACCAGUCCACAUGGGUAUUAUGACCCAAACCCCCGCGGUCUUGGUGCCCACCUCCAUGCCUGCGGCACCCAGGAAGGAGGCCGCCCUGGUGAAGGCCAAGGAGACGGACGAGAACAGUGGCCCCACCACCACUGUAUUUGUAGGGAACAUCUCAGAGAAAGCCUCGGACAUGCUGAUUCGACAGCUGCUGGCGAAAUGUGGCCUGGUCCUAAGCUGGAAGAGAGUCCAAGGAGCCUCUGGAAAACUUCAAGGUAAAAACAGAACAGCUUUUGGGUUCUGUGAGUACAAAGAGCCCGAGUCAACGCUGCGGGCCCUGCGGCUGCUCCACGAGCUGCAGAUCGGGGUGAAAAAGCUGCUGGUAAAGGUGGAUGCCAAGACCAAGGCCCAGCUGGAUGAGUUCAAGGCCAAAAAGAAGAGCAGCACCAACGGCAAUGGGGCAGAGGGUGGAAAAGAAGAGGAGGCGGAGGAGGAAGAGGAGGUGAUCGACGAGGACACCAAGAGGCGGGAUCAGGUCGUCAAGGGUGCCAUCGACGGUCUGAUCCGCGAGUAUGCCAGCGAGCUCAAUGCUGCCUCGAAUGAUGAGUCCCCCCACCGCAGGAAGAAGAGAGACAAGAAAGAAGAGGAGGAUAUCAACGCAAUUGACGGAUUGGAGGAUGACAAGAGAGACCUGAUUUCUAGAGAGAUCAGUAAAUUCCGCGACACCCACAAGAAACUGGAGGAGGAGAAGGACAAGAAAGACAAGGAGCGUGCAGAGUUUGAUCGCGAGCGACGGGAGAGGGACAAGGAGAGGGAACGUGAAAGGGAGCGCCGGGACCGCGAGCGGGAGAAAGAGCGCGAGAAGGAGAGGGAGCGCGAGCGGGAGAGAGAACGCGAGCGGGACAGAAGUGACAGAGACCGUGAUCGCAACCGGACGAAGGAGUGGGAAAGGGAGAGGAGCCGUGACAGGAGCAAGGACCGCAGCCACUCCAGAGAGGUGAGUCGCGACAGAGACAAGGACAAGAAGCGUGACCAAGAGGAUGAGGAGGAGGUCUAUGAGCGGAGAAGGCUGGAGAGGAAACUCCGAGACAAGGAGGCAGCCUAUCAAGAGCGUCUGAAAAACUGGGAGAUCCGCGAGAGGAAGAAGGCUCGAGACUACUCCAAGGAGUCUGAGCGGGAGGAAGAGCGCAGGAGAGAAAUGACUAAAGAAAGCAAACGGCUGAAGGAGUUCCUGGAGGACUACGAUGACGACAGAGAUGACCCUAAGUACUACAGGGGCAGCGCACUGCAGAAGCGUCUGAGAGACCGGGAGAAGGAGACUGAGGUGGAUGAGCGCGACAGGAAGAGAGAGAAGGAAGAGCUGGAGGAGAUCAGACAAAGGCUGCUGGCCGAGGGACACCCAGACCCCGAAGCCGAGAUACGCAGGAUGGAAGAGGAGGCGGAGCGUCUGCGUCAGCCUCCAGUGAAGCCAGAGCCCGACCCCGAGGAGGAGCGGGUACACAAGGCCCCACGGGUGGACCGGGAUCGCAGAGGAGACAGAGAUCGAGACCGAGGUGAUCGGGAGAGAGGGGAAAGAGACAGAGGUGAUCAGGAGAGAGGAGAAAGAGACCGUGGUGAUCGGGAGAGAGGAGAAAGAGACCGUGGUGAUCGGGAGAGAGUAGAAAGAGACCGUGGUGAUCGGGAGAGAGGAGAAAGAGACCGUGGUGAUCGGGAGAGAGGAGAAAGAGACCGUGGUGAUCGGGAGAGAGGAGAAAGAGACCGUGGUGAUCGGGAGAGAGGAGAAAGAGACCGUGGUGAUCGGGAGAGAGGAGAAAGAGACCGGGAGAGGGACAGAGGGGACCACCAUGUACCCCACCAUCACCACCCCCACUCUGAUGAUGAUGAUGUGGAAGAGGGGGAGGAGGAGUUUGAUGACGACGACCAAUCGGGGUCCAAGCCCUGCCUGAAGCCCACGUUGCGGCCAAUCACUGCGGCCCCCUCUGUUUCGUCGGCCAGCGGGGGCGCCACCCCCAACACGCCUUGUGGCGGGGACGAGUCACCCUGCGGCAUCAUCAUCCCCCACGAGAACUCGCCCCCUCACGAGACCCCACCCCAGGAGGAGUUCCGCCCCAAGAUCGGCCUCAGUCUCAAACUGGGAGCCACUAGCAGCCCCAGCCAGCCCAACGUGGCCAUCAAACGCAAGAAGCUCACUGUGGACAGCGUCUUUAACAAAUUCGACGACGAGGAGGCAGACGAGGCUCCCCGCAAGCGCAAGCUGGUACCACUGGACUACGGCGACGACAAGAACCUCCAGAGUGUGGUAGACGGAGCCUCGGGCAUGGCGGCCAUCAAGGGCGCCAACACAGAGGAGAAGCGCAAGCACAUCAAGAGCCUGAUCGAGAAGAUCCCCACGGGCAAGACGGAGCUGUUCUCCUACCCGCUGGACUGGUCCGCAGUGGACUCGACUCUGAUGGAUCGACGCAUACGCCCCUGGAUCAACAAAAAGAUAAUUGAGUACAUUGGAGAAGAGGAGGCUACGCUAGUCGAUUUUGUCUGCUCCAAGGUGAUGGCUCAUGGUACACCACAGGGUAUCUUGGAUGAUGUUGCCAUGGUUUUGGAUGAAGAAGCAGAGGUCUUCAUCGUCAAGAUGUGGCGGUUGCUGAUCUACGAAACUGAAGCCAAGAAGAUUGGGCUGGUGAAAUAGGAAACCCAGGAAAGCACUGAACGAAUCCAACUUUUUCUAAUAGAGUAAUCUGACUUUAGUGUUGUCAGUCACCAAAAAGACUUCUCAAUUUGAGUGGCCUAAAAUCAAAGAAUGUGCUCAACCUAAUAAUACCCCAACAGCAUUCACACGUUGAGCUCCUGUUUUCUCAUUCUUCCAAUAGACUCUGGUACAUGUCAUGUUACUCUACUGCAGCUGCUGACUUUGUAUUGGUGUAUAGCCUACGUGUGUGGGUGGGUGCGUGCUUGAAUGACUGACUGAAGUGCUUAUUGAAGAUGCAUGAAAGCAACCACUUGGACAAUGGCCCUACUACAGUCUCUUGGCUCGAGUUGGAUGUUCUGAGGGUGACAGUGGAGGUAGCGGAUUAGGGGUUAACGGUUGAUGAAGAGAACAUAGCUACUCAGCUGUGGAAAAAAGUUCACUGAAAAGCAUCUCACUGUUUUGUUUCUCUCCAGUUGUGACGUUAGUAAUAUCAAAGGUUAUUGGACUGCUGUUUCUACGUGGCAUCUGCUGAGUGAAACAUCUGUUUAUGCGAAGGGUAGACCUUAAAAGGUAGAUUUGAUUUUGGAUUACAAACAAUGCUUUCUAUAAAUUCUAUUUAAGGAUAGGCCAGCUAUUGAACAUUUGACUUGUGGUUGGUUGGUCUCGUAACACAGGCAACAGCACCAACUGGAAAGGAUACUGAUUUGUGUAAACAUUGUUUCCAUUUUUCCUUUUUGUACCAGUGGAAAUUUUGUUUUGAAUAAAUACUUUUUUUAAAGAA